GAGAGCGGCCGCCGCCCACGUGGGCAACCGCCCCGACCGCGGUCCCCCAGUCCUCACCGCGGGCCCCUCCUGGGCCGCCGGGCGGACCCCGCGGCUGGCCUCGGGCCGUGCGAGCCCCCCAGUCCGGGGAAGCCAGGGGAGGGGCCGCCUCUGGAAGGGCCUGACGGGGCGCGGGAGUGCAGCAAACUUGUCGUGUCCCACGACUUGACGCGGGAGCCCAUCUGGAGGACCAAGACGUGAGCCCAGAUGGGUAUCAUUCCCUUAAUUCGGUGUCUGGCCCAUUUCCUGAUUUAUUGAAGUUGCCACGAGACAGUAGCAGAAGCCGUCUGCCAUCAUGCUGGAGAAUGCUUUUGAGCAAGCUAGAUUACCGUACCACAUGUCUUACUGGCAGUCUGCUUUGUGUUGGGUGAAGGGAGAAGAUGAGGAAGAGAACAAUCUAGAAGUACGAGAAACCAAAAUUAAGGGUAAAAGUGGGAGAUUCUUCACAGUCAAGCUCCCGGUUGCUCUCGAUCCUGGGGCCAAGGUUUCCGUCAUCGUGGAGACAGUCUAUACCCAUGUGCUUCAGCCGUAUCCGACCCAGAUCACCCAGUCAGAGAAACAGUUUGUAGUGUUCGAGGGGAACCAUUAUUUCUACUCUCCCUAUCCGACUAAGACACAGACGAUGCGUGUGAAGCUUGCCUCCCGAAAUGUGGAGAGCUACACCAAGUUGGGGAAUCCCACGCGCUCUGAGGACGUCCUGGAUUAUGGACCUUUCAGAGACAUCCCUGCUUAUAGUCAGGAUACUUUUAAAGUACAUUAUGAGAACAACAGCCCUUUCCUGACCAUCACCAGCAUGACCCGAGUCAUCGAGGUCUCUCACUGGGGUAACAUUGCUGUGGAAGAAAAUGUGGACUUGAAGCAUACAGGGGCUGUGCUGAAGGGGCCCUUUUCACGCUAUGAUUACCAGAGACAGCCAGAUAGUGGAAUAGCCUCCAUCCGCUCAUUUAAGACCAUCCUCCCUGCUGCUGCCCAGGAUGUUUACUACCGGGAUGAGAUUGGCAACGUUUCCACCAGCCACCUCCUUAUUUUGGACGACUCUGUAGAGAUGGAAAUCCGGCCUCGCUUCCCUCUGUUUGGCGGGUGGAAGACUCAUUACAUUGUUGGCUACAACCUCCCAAGCUAUGAGUACCUCUAUAAUUUGGGUGACCAGUAUGCACUGAAGAUGAGGUUUGUGGACCAUGUGUUUGAUGAGCAAGUGAUAGAUUCUCUGGCAGUGAAGAUCAUCUUGCCUGAGGGGGCCAAGAACAUCCAAGUUGACAGUCCCUAUGAAAUCAGUCGUGCCCCAGAUGAGCUGCACUACACCUACCUGGACACAUUUGGCCGCCCUGUGAUUGUUGCCUAUAAGAAGAAUCUGGUGGAACAGCACAUUCAGGACAUCGUGGUCCACUAUACGUUCAACAAGGUGCUAAUGCUGCAGGAGCCGUUGCUGGUGGUGGCUGCGUUCUACAUCUUGUUCUUCACUGUCAUCAUCUAUGUCAGGCUGGACUUCUCCAUCACAAAGGAUCCAGCCGCAGAGGCCAGGAUGAAGGUGGCUUGCAUCACAGAGCAAGUCUUGACCCUGGUCAACAAGAGAAUAGGUCUCUACCGUCACUUUGAUGAGACCAUCAACAGGUACAAGCAGUCCCGGGACGUGUCCACCCUCAACAGCGGCAAGAAGAGCCUGGAGACAGAGCACAAGGCCCUGACCAGUGAGAUUGCAUUGCUGCAGUCCAGGCUGAAGACAGAGGGCUCUGACCUGUGCGACAAAGUAAGCGAGAUGCAGAAGCUGGAUGCACAGGUCAAGGAGCUCGUGCUGAAGUCUGCGGUGGAAGCCGAGCGGCUGGUGGCUGGCAAGCUCAAGAAAGACACAUACAUUGAGAACGAGAAGCUCAUCUCUGGAAAGCGGCAGGAGCUGGUCACCAAGAUCGACCACAUCCUAGACGCUCUGUAGCCCCAUCGUCAUCAGGGUGGGCCCGGGGCGCUGCACUUUCAGAUGACAGGUUGGGGGCGAAGAGGGGGAGGUGAUCAUCAAGGCCACUGAAUGCUGGCAUCUGUAUUUUACAAAAGGCCUUCAAGGAAGUGAAGCCAGGCCCUGCUGCAGGCAAUACAAGAAACUUAGUUUUUGUCCUUAAAGGGUUCCUUUUUUAAAAAACAAAAUGAAACAAAAACACUUUAAUCCCAUUAAAAACAAAAUAUUUUUGUGUUUUGAACAAAGAAAUUUUCAGUAGUUGAUUGAUUUUGUUUUGUUCUGAAGCCUAGGGUAUUGUUUCAGCCCAAAGGCCCCCUUGUUUUUUGCUCUAAUUCCUGAUGUUUGGGUAUUUUGUAAGUGUAUGUUUGUUUUUUUUAAAAGUGUGUGUGGCUAAAUGAAAAUAAAGCAGGGACUGUGAACAUUU